GUGUCCCCGCGCGGGCUCCGUAGCGCGUGUGCAGCCUGACGCAGCCCCGCGGGCCCUCCUCCCGCUCUGCGGCGGCCGCGCGGAGUUUGGGGCGUGCGGGCGCGGAGCGGGGGGUGGCGGGGGCGAGGAGGCGGCGGCGAGAGGAGGCGGAGGAGCAGCAGGCGCCGCCAUGGCCGCCGCGCUCGCCGACAUGGCCGACCUGGAGGAGCUCUCCCGCCUCAGCCCGCUGUCCCCCGGCAGCCCCGGGCCCGCGGCGCGCGGCCGGGCCGAGCCGCCGGAGGAAGAGGAGGAGGAGGAUGACGAGGAGGCGGAGGCAGAGGCGGUGGCCGCGCUGCUGUUGAACGGGGGAGCGGGCGGCGGCGCGGGGGGCGGCGAGGCGGAGACCAUGUCGGAGCCGAGCCCCGAGAGCGCCAGCCAGGCGGGCGGGGACGAGGACGAGGACGAGGAGGACGACGAGGACGAGGGCAGCAGCAGCGGCGGCGCGGAGGAGGAGAGCAGCGCCGAGAGCCUGGUGGGCAGCAGCAGCGGCGGCUGCAGCGGCGACGAGACGCGCUCGCUGAGCCCGGGCGCGGCGAGCAGCAGCAGCGGCGAUGGGGACGGGAAGGAGGGCCUGGAGGAGCCCAAGGGACCGCGGGGCGGCCCGGGCGGCCCGGGCAGCAGCGGUGGCGGUAGCAGCAGCAGUAGCGUGGUGUCGAGCGGCGGCGACGAGGGCUACGGCACCGGGGGAGGCGGGAGCAGCGCGACCUCCGGGGGCCGGCGGGGCAGCCUGGAGAUGUCGUCCGACGGGGAGCCGCUGAGCCGCAUGGACUCGGAGGACAGCAUAAGCAGUACGCUAAUGGACAUAGACAGCACAAUUUCCAGUGGACGCUCAACCCCGGCCAUGAUGAAUGGACAGGGGAGCACGACUGCUUCAAGCAAACACAUUGCCUAUAACUGUUGCUGGGACCAGUGCCAGGCAUGCUUCAACUCCAGCCCAGACCUGGCAGACCACAUUCGCUCCAUACAUGUCGAUGGUCAGCGUGGAGGGGUGUUCGUUUGCUUGUGGAAAGGUUGCAAGGUGUAUAACACCCCGUCAACCAGUCAGAGUUGGCUACAGCGGCACAUGCUGACACACAGUGGAGACAAGCCUUUCAAGUGUGUAGUUGGUGGCUGCAAUGCCAGCUUUGCUUCUCAGGGAGGGCUAGCUCGCCAUGUACCCACACACUUCAGUCAGCAGAACUCCUCAAAAGUUUCUAGCCAGCCAAAGGCCAAAGAAGAAUCUCCUUCUAAAGCUGGAAUGAACAAGCGGAGGAAACUAAAGAACAAAAGACGGCGCUCAUUACCGCGGCCACACGAUUUCUUCGAUGCACAAACACUGGAUGCCAUAAGACAUCGAGCCAUCUGCUUUAACCUCUCUGCUCACAUAGAAAGUCUAGGGAAGGGACACAGUGUUGUUUUCCACAGUACUGUAAUAGCGAAGAGAAAGGAGGAAUCUGGAAAGAUAAAGCUUUUGCUUCAUUGGAUGCCGGAAGACAUUCUGCCAGAUGUAUGGGUGAAUGAGAGUGAACGACAUCAGUUAAAAACGAAAGUAGUUCAUUUAUCAAAGCUACCCAAAGAUACUGCCUUGCUGUUGGACCCAAACAUUUACAGAACAAUGCCGCAGAAGAGGUUGAAGAGGUAAAACAUUCAUAAAUACAUAAAAGCAAACACGCGGGGACACCUGCAGUCUUAGUCACUGACAAUGGGCUUAGGGAAAGUUGCACAUUACAGUCAACCCCUUCCUUCCUCCUUUACUUUAAGUCCAGUAUUUAGAGUACUAUUUAUGGCUAGUGUGGACAUUCUGUGAGUGAAGGAGGUCUUCUGUGGAAUAUAUUAAUAUAUACUGCAGUCCACAUGGCAUGGAAUGGCGCUGUGGGAGACUGCGCAGACACUCUCUGGCAACUCAGUGGAACAGCUUCUGAAAAGGCUUUGCAUGCUCGCUGCUUAAGCUGCUUUUUUUCUUCCCCCCUAGUGAUUACAGUAGUUUUAUUGGAGAGACAAACAAUUGCCCUUAAAAACACCAAAAGCACUGUAAGAUAACCAUCUUGACAGUGUGUAUUGAUUUGAAGUCCUGAUAGAAAAUAUUUAGACAGUGGAGAUUAUCAAAAGAUAACUAACCUUUCAGUUAUGAUAAAUAGAUGUGAUUGGUUGCCAUUUGUGUUCUUUUGCAGAACUCUGAUAAGAAAAAUGUUCAAUUUGUAUUUAAGCAAACAGUGAACGACAUUUGCAAUCAACUAAAAAUUCGUCUAUCGAAUUAGGUCUGAGAAUCACUGUUAAAGAGUAUUGCCGUGUGUCUGGUGGCUCCCUUUUCAGGACUAGGGUCUCUCUCUCUCUCUCAUGGGGACAGCGUGUUAAUAUUUACCUACAUAACUCUUUUGUUAAUGGUUUUUGAAAAAAACCUCAGUUUCAAAUUAUUUGAGUAAUCUCCAUAUUUUCAUUUAACCUCUGACUCUUUAAUUUUUUUCCUGAGGAAAGUGUUUUUUUUUUUAAUUUUUUUUAAUGUUAAAAAAUUGUAUUUUUUUUAAAAAUAUCUUCAAACUGAAUCUUUUAAGCACCAAAGUUGGUUUUGAAAAGGAAAAUAAAAUCACUUUCUUGCUUGGCAGGCAAGAAGCCAUAUGGAAUUUUUUUAACUUUUACAGAAAUGUGUAACUUGUCAGUACUGUAUCAAACAAAUGUUGCAUAGAGAUAAUAGAGCGUUGCUUGUAAAUAAUUCAGCAGAUUUGUAAUAUAUUUUUCUAUUAUGAAAUGUACUGUAGAUGUUUUCUAGAGGCAUGAAAGUCAAUGUAUAUAUUAUGGUAGAAAUAAUAUUGAAGGAAAUUGUAAUUCACUAGUGCUGCCAGAGGGAUUGCUAACAAAGCACCUUUAGGAGAGAUGUCUGCAGACUGAAGGGACUGUGUACUACUGUUAAUGUCUAAGAACAAAGCAUUGGGCGGGCGUCCUUCCAGAAAGUCUCUGAGGGAGGACGGAGACCCAUAAUAGAAGUUUAUGGCACUCCCUCUGACAGUGGCUGAGUCGCUGUUCCUUACUGUUGGGAGCGGUACCGUAAAGUAAGCGCCUGCUAUGCAGUCAGGCUGCAGAAAGCACUCCUUCCUUGGAGUCCUCACUCCCUACAGUGACAGCAAUACCAGCAGUUUUUACUCUAAAUUUUUUAAAGAAUAGACAAAUAUAAAUUUAAUUCUUUGGUUCCAAAAUGGGAAAGAUUCCAUGAUACAUAGAUCAUUUCUCAUUUGCUUAAAAAAGAAAGACCACACGCACAAGGUCCUAAAAGGAUGGGGGGGCUUUAGCAGGUGAAGAGGUAGGCAUGGAACAGUCAUGGAGCCUGAGGGACGAGGGGGAAGCACUGCGGAUGGGCACGCUCGCUCGGGAACGGUCGGCUAAGACGCUCUGUAGCUAACAGGAGUCUAUUUUCAGAAGAAGAAAGCAGUGUGUUUUUACUAUGUUUUUCCUUUUGCUUAAGCACUUCAUCACUUGUUUUAUUCUGUAUCUGCGAAGUACUCUCCGAUCUCCUAUGUUCCUUUAACAUUUUGGUUUGUUAAAAUAUUGCCAAAUAGAGUGUUUGAGACAUAUAGUUUGUACUAGUAUUUUUAUUUUACUUCUCAUGUUCUUGUAAGUCAUUAAUUGACCGAUGAUUGUAGACCUUGCUUGAGUAUUUUUUCUAAUAAAACAAAGCAAAUUAUACUUAGCUUCAAAUUGUAACAAUUCAAUUUAAUUUUAGGAUGACAUCUGGAAAUACACAUUCAACAUUUUCUUUAGGUGCAUAGAGAACAUUCAUUACUGUCAAUGUAGAAAAUUUGUGAUGUCAAACCAUGCUGCUGGUUGUUGAUUAGCCUCUGCGUGCCCAGGUAUCCAGGGUCCCUUUGCUUGUCAUUGACUUGGGCUUGACACUUGUAAGUGAGCUAGUUUGGUAACUUGUGCGUGUGCAUAUCUACAUAUACAUUCAAAUGUGAUUGGAAAGUUAAGUCUGUAACAUCCAUUAAUGUUUCUUCUUACCCAGCUCCGAUCUUGCUCUGCCUGUCUGUAUAUGACAUUUAUGGUGGACCUGGGUUGUUUCUGCCCCAAAUCCAUGUCUGGACAGUACAGACCAUAGGCCCUGCUCUCAUUUUCAGAGCUGUUGCUUGUCUUUUCCUGCCUAUUGGAGUACUGAGACUUGAGGGGCCCGAGAGCCUGAGGUGUUACGUCUGCUCUAUACAGAGGUGCUUACUCAUAUCAUGUAGCUGGUAACAUUUUUGGAGCAGUGAACACAGACCACACAGUUUGUACUCAAUAUGGCCAUGUUGAUAGUAGUAGUGAGCACGGGGCUAGAGCUCCGAGAAGACGGUUUAAUACACUUCACAGGAAGUGCUGCCACAGGCACCGAAGCACAUGGCGUUUGGGUGGAACUUUUCAUUUAAAUUUCUUAAUAUUGUUGAGGAUCUACAAUUUUCCCAUGUGUGCUUUGUCUUUCAGGGAUUGAAUGAGAGUCUGUAAGUCAGACUCUGUUACAACCACAAGGAACGUUUGUUCUAGCGAAAAGAAUCUUGAAGUAGGAAAUGUUGUAAAAAUUUUAAAUUCUUUAUUUUUCUAGUAAACCUGUUCAUACAUUAAUGUGGUUGCACAUUAAUUCUGAAUUUCAGAUGAAAAGAAAAUAAAGUGGACAAUACUUAACCCUCAAGUAUUUUCACAUGUGUCUAUCUCAUUGAACAUAAAAAGCCGGGUGUGCUGACUAAAGCCCUGCAUUUGGGAGGACGAAGCAAGAGGAUUUCCAAGAGUUCAAGGCCCGAGUGAUAUCCUGAGGCAAACAAACCAAAAAGGAAAGAAGAAAUACUGAUAAUUAGAGUUUUUUUUCUCUGUGUCACACAUUAGGGAAAUAGGUGCCAUUGAGGUGGCUCUCGAUGAAGGUGUUGGGCAACAGGCAUGGUGGCCUGAGUUCCAUGCCUGGGAGUCACGUGGUCUGAAGCGAGAACAGACCGGAGAAUUGUCUUCCCCAACAAGUAAAUGUGCAAAUGAUCUUCUGCAAAGGUAGAAUUUGCCAGAGUUAAAAACAUGGAUGAUCUGUUGUUUGCGUUGAACUGUUUUCUUGAUGCAUGGUUAACAAGAGAUGAGAUAAUAUUGACUGAAUAUCAAAGUGGGUAAAUGUGGUUGAAGCAGUGUAAAUAGUUUGAGUAACAGCUUUACUUUUUUAAUUUUUAUAAUACUCCUGUAUAAAUCCUAAAGGCAAACCAAAUUUUAGACGGUGUGGACUUCGAGUAGAAAGCCUGACACAGUGAUGUGUCUGACAAGACCUCAGGUUGCAGAGAUACAUAAACAUAUGUGGUUUAUUUGUAAAGAAAAUUUCAAACCAUAUGUUAUUUGGAAGUCUUUUUUAAAAAGCAGAGUGGCACUUUGUGAGGUUUUAAUUUAAGAUAUUUUUCUAUUCUAUUUCAUAAAAGGUUAAAAAGUUUGUGUAUAAAUAUUUUUUUUAAUUGUUCAAGAAUCUUAUGACCUGGUGUAGGGCAUUUUGCAAUUCUAACACUAUAGCUUUAAUAUAAAUAACAUUUGUAGAGGUUUUCUUUGUAAUAAAGGCGAGAAUAUUUUGUAAUUUCUAUUAUUUCCUUUAGAACCUGAAUAACCUUAAAUAUAGGCAUGAAAUGUUGUAUUAUGACUUUUAUAUUGUUAAAAUUUAAAAACAAAACUUAUCCAACUUUAUUUCUUUCCCAAGUUAAGUUUGUAGUGUCACACGGGACUGUUAAUCUGCAAAGAGGGUGUAAGCAGGCUAGAGCAGGUUUUUUCUAGGUCAGUUGCGUCUCAGAGAUGAGCAAGGUGAUGAUAGAUGUGUUUAACCUCACUAUGAUGUCCUCACUGAUGCCCCCGAAGGCCGCCAGGAUUGUACUCCACACAAAAUCACUGACAAAGUGUUUGUCCUGUCAGUACGGUGCUGUGGGCAACUGCAGCGCAGGGGACACUGGGGGUUGAGCUUAGCAAGGGAUGGUAUCUGCCUUUACUGACAGACAGAAUAAAGGGACCUACGCGUGGGUACCCAAACCUCUCCAGUGCGAAGGAUUGUUGAUGUUAUUUUUUAUAAUCUCAGUUGAAAUGUAAUUAUUUGGAUUUAUUUAAUCCUAUUAAAUAUAGCUUGUUUUUGGAAGAACCCUCUAAGAACAGUAAGACCAAUAAAAUUGCUGUAAAUGGCGUUUUCAGUAAUUCUGUCCUCAGGACCUGUCUGGCCUGUGGUUUCUCUAGAAGGCUGCAGAGCCUUGCUGUUCUCUGUUGUGUGUUCCUCAAGGUUGACAUUCUCUGCCUGAAGAAAAUGUGUCUUUACAAAUUUUACAAUUUUAUAAUGAUUUCUAUGUUUCUUGUAAAGGAAUUGUUCACAAAUUUA